GGCUCCCACAGCUGCUGUGUCAUAGACAGCUGACUGGAUUACAGGUGUACCCUGGGCUGGUCCCCUGUGCCCGCCACCAAGAGACAGAGAGGGGGAGAGAAAGACAGACAUCUGUAGACCUGCUUCACCACCUGUGAAGCGACCCCCCAGCAGAGAUUCAGGGCAGCCUGCCAUCCACCAGACUUGGCAUAAGGUGACACGGGACGGACACACCCCAUCAUUGUCGGGGUAACAGAGAUGCAGCCCUCAAGCCCACUGAGACACCUGGGAUCAUGAAGAUUAGCAAGAAGCACCCAGCCAAGCUCUCCUCAGGCUGAGGGAGCUUCCCUCCCAGCGCAGGUGCGUGGCCCAGCCUCCAUCCAGCCCCGCCUGCCUCCCAGCCGCGUCCCUGUCACCACCUGGCCUGGCAGGGCUCCAGGAGUCAGACAGAGCUGUCACAUGCCAAGCCACGUGACGGGCAGCGGGGGCUCCAUCCGGACAGCCACCCUCGGCAGACCCUCCAGGCCGCUGGCCCACGCCUGGGGGACCCAGCCAGCCCGCCAGGAUGGACACCCUGGCAGACACGCUGCAGCGGCUGCGAGAGGCCUUCGGCUCAGGGCGCACCCGGCCAGCUGAGUUCCGGGCCUCGCAGCUCAAGGGCCUGAGCCGCUUCCUGAAAGACAACAAGCAGCUGCUUCAGGAGGCGCUGGCCCAGGACCUGCACAAGCCGUCCUUUGAGGCCGAGGUGUCUGAGCUGAGCAUCGCACAGAGCGAGAUUGACCUGGCACUGCGCAGCCUGCGGGCCUGGAUGAAGGACCAGCCGGUGUCCCGGAACCUGGCCACACAGCUGGACUCGGCCUUCAUCAGGAAGGAGCCCUACGGUAUGGUGCUAGUUAUCUCGCCCUGGAACUACCCCCUGAACCUGACGCUGGUGCCCCUGGUGGGCGCCCUGGCCGCAGGGAACUGUGUGGUUCUCAAGCCCUCUGAGUUCAGCAGGAGCACAGAGAAGGUCCUGGCCGAGGUGCUGCCCCGCUACCUGGACCAGGACUGCUUCGCAGUGGUGCGGGGCGGCCCUGAGGAGACUGGCCAGUUGCUAGAGCGCAAGUUCGACUACAUCUUCUUCACGGGGAGCCCCCGCGUGGGCAGGCUGGUCAUGAUGGCAGCCGCCAAGCACCUAACGCCCGUCACGCUGGAGCUGGGGGGCAAGAACCCUUGCUACGUGGACGAAGACUGCGACCCCCAGACGGUGGCCAACCGCGUGGCCUUCUUCCGCUUCUUCAACGCGGGCCAGACGUGCGUGGCCCCUGACUACGUGCUGUGCAGCCCGGCCACACAAGAGCGCCUGCUGCCGGCACUGCAGAGCGCCAUCAGCCGCUUCUACGGCGAGGACCCCCGAGGCUCCGCCAGCCUGGGCCGCAUCUGCAGCCUCAAGCACUUCCAGCGGCUGCAGGGGCUGCUGGGCUGCGGCAGGGUGGCCAUCGGCGGUCAGAGUGACGAGCGGGACCUCUACAUCGCCCCCACGGUGCUGGUGGACGUGCGGGAGACAGAGCCGGUGAUGCAGGAGGAGAUCUUCGGGCCCAUCCUGCCCAUCGUGACGGUGGGCAGCCUGGAGGAGGCCCUCGCCUUCAUCCGGCGGCGGGAGAAGCCCCUGGCGCUAUACGCCUUCUCCAACCGCAGCCAGGUGGUGCGGCAGGUCCUGGCCCAGACCAGCAGCGGGGGCUUCUGUGGGAACGACGGCUUCAUGCACUUGACCCUGGCCAGCCUGCCCUUCGGAGGAGUGGGUGCCAGCGGGAUGGGUCGCUACCAUGGCCGCUUCUCCUUUGACACCUUCUCGCAUCAUCGUGCCUGCCUGCUGCGCCGCCCGGGGCUGGAGAAGGUGUACAGCCUGCGCUACCCACCCUACUCGCCGCGGAACCUGCAGCUGCUGCUGCUGGCCACACAGGACCGGGGCUGCUGCACCCUGCUUUGAGCCCGCAUGAGAGCCUCCCCCGGCGCUGUGGGGCACUGACCGGGGGAGCCGCCACGGUGGGCAUGGGCGGGAGGACCGGCCCUUCCCCGGGGAGCACGGCGCACCCCCAGCCACAGCGACCUGUCCCCCUCCCUAAGUGGGGGGACCUCUGUGACCACUGCCACCUCCUGAGGACCGAUGUGAGGGCUGGGAGGGGCUCAGCUCCAAUCAGUGAGGCCCCGGGUUCGAGCCCAGGCACAGCACCAAGAUGGAGGAGGCAUACAUUUUGGAUGGUAAUAAACAGGAAUGUCUGGCU